AUGCUUCAUCGUGAUGAAGCUUCCUCUUCCGACAUCUAUGCGGUCUUCAUGUCCUUCCGGGUGGCGGUUCUCGGCAGCCUUGUGCUCUACGGUGGUGGUCCUGCGGUUGUUUGGGUGGAGGAGACUUUGGGGUUUUUUCGACGAGAUCUAGUCGGCUUCUUCUCUUCAGGCUUUCGUGUCGAUUCUUCUCUCUUGAUGCAUGUGGUGGCUAUGCUUGGCUCCGGUUGGUGGUGGCUCGGUUGUUACCGGUUUGGUUCUGCGGUAAGUGGCCAUGUGCUAUAG